CAACCCCCCAACACCAACACAACUCUGGCGGCAACACCGCCAGCAACGAAGGAUGGGAUGUUGUGGCAGCCGCCUCGUGAAUGACCCUGACGAAUUCGAUGACGUCGGUGAUAUCCCUCACGUACACGCCGAGGACGCGGAUGUGGCGGUCAAACUGUCCAUUGACGUGGACCAAUCGACGAAGGCCGUGUCGAUUGUGGGCGCGUCUAGCGACUUUCACCUGAAAUACACAUUGGGCGACGUGAUUGGAAAAGGCGGCUUCUCCGUCGUCCACAAGGCUGUGCUCAAGGCCAGCGGUGUCGAGUACGCCGUGAAAUGCAUCCAGCGAGAUAAGCUCGACGGCGACGACCUGGCGCGCAUGGCUGCCGAGGUCAACGCCCUGGCACAGCUCAAGCACCCAAACAUCCUGCACCUGUUCGAUUUCUUUGCAGAGGAGCAUUUUUACUAUAUUGUGACCGAGUACUUGCAGGGCGGCGAAUUGUUCCAGCGGUUGAUUGAAAAGACGUACUACACGCAACAAGACGCCAAGAACGUCGUGCGCACCCUGCUUGAAACCAUCCAGUACUGCCACACCAAGGGUAUCGCCCACCGCGACUUAAAGCCUGAAAACAUCCUCCUCACGAGCAUGUACGACGACGCGUCGGUGAAACUGGCCGACUUUGGGCUCGCGACGCUGCAUCACAACAGGAGCAGUAUGGUCACGCGGUGCGGUAGUCCACUGUACCUUGCCCCAGAGAUCCUGCAUCUCGACACCCCGUACGGAAAAGAGUGCGACAUCUGGAGCAUCGGAGUGAUCACGUACAUGUUGCUGUCGGGAUGCCCGCCAUUCUACGACGAAAACGUCGGUCAGUUGUACAGCAAGAUCAAGUGUGGACAGUUCGAAUUUGAGCCGGCCUACUACUGGAGCCACGUGUCCCACGAUGCCAAACACUUGAUCUCGUGCAUGCUGCAGGUCCAUCCGUCCGAUCGGGGCACCGCAGAGCAACUGCUCGCGCAUGCAUGGUUCCAACGCGAUACUCCACAGGACGCCGACGAAGCUGGAGAUGGCAGCAGCACCGCGACGCUGUCGCAUGCAUUAAACAACUUGCGAACGUUUCACGCUCGAAGCACGUUGAAGCGCGCGAUCAACACGGUCCAACUUGCCAUAGCGAUGCAAUCCACUAAGUCGAACAGCUCCACGGACUCUGACCACCCAGAUAGAGAGUGGCCACAUGGGGGGGACAAGACAACAGAGGACGACGACGAUGAGGCUCAUGAUGAAGGCGACUCGGCGUCCCCCACGGCGUCCGUGUCGUCCAGUGCGUUCGAGUCAUAUCACUUUACCAGACAAGGCAUCGACCCUCGGGCGUUUGGAGCGUGGUCGUCCGAGCUCACGUCAGUGAGCACCACCACAACCAACGACGACGACUGGCUAUAGUAAUAAUGGCUUGCUAAAACGAUCUAUAAAAGGUACAUACUAUUUCGAAGUAGCA